GUACCGUGCAGCAGGCACAAGCCGCUAGGCGCGCAGGAGAAGCCGCAAAGAAUUAGAGCAGCCGCUGCUUGAAACUGCGAGGAGAGCAGAGGGAGCGUCGGAACUUCAGUGUACACGAAGCCAGAAAUCCAAAAUGGGAGGCAAGCUCAGCAAAAAGAAGAAGGGAUACAAUGUAAAUGAUGACAAGGCCAAAGACAAGGAUGCCAAAGCAGAGGGGGCCUCUGCUGAGGAGAGUGAAGCACCGAAAGACAACAAAGAUGAGGCCCAGGCUGCCGCUGACGCCAAGGAGGUAGCAAACGACACAGCGGCCAAGGAGGCGCCGGCAGCAGACACCGCAGCGCCCAAAGAUGAGGAAAAGAAUGCAGCUCCCGCCGCAAAGGAGCCCGAGAAACCCGCCACCAAUGCUGAGCCGAAAACAGAGGCGCCAAAGAGCGCAGAGUCUGCCAAGGCCGAGGAGAAACCAGCUGCCCCCGCCCCGGCCAAAGAAUCAACCCCUGCCGCCAAGGAGCCCGAGGCCAAGGCCGCGGCACCUACCCCGGCGGCUGAGAGCAAAGAUGAGGCCGACGCCAAAAAGACUGAGGCCCCCGCGGCACCAGCAGCCAAAGCUGAGGCGGCCCCCGCCGCCUCCCCUGACCCCAAGCCCACAGAGGCGGCGGCGGCGGCGGCUCCUGCACCAGCAAAGGAGGCCGCUGCUGCACCUAGUUCAACACCAGCCACCGAGCCUCCUGCCAAGGAGGCAAACGCCACAGAGGCACCAAGCAAGGAUCAAACCGUAGCAGUUCAAGAUUAAUGGACAGCUUCUUUUCGGAAAUGAAAAAAUAAAGUACCUAACUCAACGAUGAUGAAGAUAAAAAAAAUUAAAAUGAAAUUAACUAGCCCACCCAUAUUAUGAUAAUAACAAUAAUAAUAAUAAUUGUAAUGAUGAUGGUUUGGUGAAUGAGGACUGGAGCAAACACCUGGAGAAGGUUCCCACUGCUGCAGAUGAUUAUUGCUAUUAUUAUUGUUAUGUUUUAUUCUAUUUUUUUCUGCUGUAGUAUUUGAACUUUGAUACGAGUCUGUGUCGGCCAUGCGCUUCACCAUUCCACAUCCAUCACCCCUUCAUCCUUCAUAUGGUCAAGAGGUUUAACCUGAUUUCCAUCUGGGCCCACAGAAGCCCUGUGUUCAUACGUUCACCUGCACCCUCUGCUCUGUGGAUGUCAGGAAAUUCUAAAUUUAGGGAAAUGGCUCUGAGGGAAGGAGGGGAAGGGUUUGGCUGGACUUCCAUUGAACCCGUCCACUCUUCAGCUCUCUCCCCUCCACUCAUCCUCCUCUUCAGAGUGUCGUGUUCUUGGCUUUGGCCUGGUACCUCUAGUUUUCUGGUGCCGUGGAGUUGUGGUUGUGCCCUUAUUUAACCCUCUCUGCUUUUUGUAUUGUCAGGUUGUGUUGCCACCCAUUUUCCUCUUGGGGUUAAACGCCAUUUUUUCUGAAAGGAGAGAACUGAACUUCUAAAAGACGUUACAUUUACUGUGAGGACUGAGGAUGUUCAGGCUUUCUAAGACAUUCUGGAAGUUGAAAAAGGCUGGCUCUGCAGAACAAAACUCUCAGACAUAUAAAACAGUCCUAGGAAUUUUUCAGAUAAGGUUCUAGAUUUUGUACUGAAACCCUUAGGUAUAUUAUAAGUGAACUAAGUGGUUUUUUAACAUUUGUAAUAUGCUUAUAAAAUCUGCAAAGCCUUGCUGAAAAAAAAUGUCUACAAUGUUCUUAGAAAGGUGGAAAUCUCUGAUCCUACAUCCAAAUCUAAAGACAAAUUCUUGCAGAUAAUAAGAUUUGUUUUUAAAACACCUAUCUACUGCUGACCGGAGUGAAACAGGCUUUACAAUCAUGACACAGAGACUGUUUGAACUUGCUUAAGAUGCCAAGACAGUGACGUUUACUGCAUCGACAGGAGAGUUCAGAGAGUGUAGACUAAAUCAACGAAACUGGCUCUGAAGUUCUUUCAGUCAGUUUCUGGACUGAACAGUCCAACAUUCAACUUAACUCAAGAAUUAGCAGCAAAAAUCUUUAAAUUUACACCAAAAUGAAAAUUUGUGAGUAAAUCUUGGAAUAAAAACUAUGAAACUAUGAUUCUCUGGUUUUUAGGUGAGUUUAAGCUUUUUAUGAUAAUUUGCAGUUUUUAAAAAAAUCGACCUUUUUCAGCGUACGUUUUGAGAUUGUGGAGUUUGGUAUUUUCCUGACCUUGAGAUUUACUUUGUCUCUGUCAUUUCAUUCUCAGUUAUAAAUGUUUUUUUUGUGACAAAGGCAAAUUAAAUACAUCGAGGAAUGUGCCGCAAUUACAAAAUGAUGUUGAAACAGGUAACUAACUUUAGUAAAACACUGAAAGUUUGAUGUAGUUCUAGCACGAGCAGUUUAAAGCAGUUUGUCCCGUGGGGCAAACCUCGCCACUGUGGUAUCUAAGCAGGUGAAAACACCGCAGACGAGGCUGUUUGCAGCUGGUGUUCGGCCCGAGUCUGUUUCCAAUCGGCUCAGUGACGCUCGGUCAUCAGCAGCCUGACCCCUCUGAGGACACGAGUCAGGAUUUCAGUCAAUGAUCAGAGCCGUCAGCAACCUCCUCGAUCUACUAUGAUCCAUGUUUCUGUGGCAACCAUACACCAUGUUGUCAUUAUGGGAUGGAAGAGCCUUGCACAUGAAAGGGAGCCUCUGAUUUUGUCAUUUUCAUGCCUCAUGCAUUUUCCUUUACUUCUCAGGAAUAUAUAAUACAUGCAUGUACAUAUAUGCAGCAGUGGAAGGAAGUACAUAGUACACGCAACUAUACUCAUGUAGAAGUAUCAUUUGAAACAAAAGUCCUGCCCUGUCAUUUAUAUAUAAGUAAAAAGUGUCUGAAGUAAAAGAAAGAAAGAAAGAAAGAAAGAAAGAAAGACAUACUGAAGCAUCCAAAAGUACCGCAGUGGAUUGAAAGAGAGGAAAUAUUAAAACAAGGAAAGAGGAGACAAAGGAAGGAAAGAAGUACACAAGAAAGGAAAGAAAUAAGGAAAGACUGAAGGACAACAAACAUAAUUUUAGGAUCUUAUCUCAUAAUGAAUGGACAAUCUGAAUUUGCAAAUUAAGCCUCCUGAGUAAGUUACCAGCAGUGCAAAACUGUACGCAGCCGCAGCGAUUUAACAAACGUGCUUUCAUACUUUCCCCACAUUUGCAUAUAUGUAGAUAUAUGUAUAUAUAUUUGCUCAUCUCAGCCAUCCAUAUGCCAGCUUUUCAGUUUCAUCCAUGUGCCACACAGCGUCUUCCUCCCAGCACUUGUCAAACCGUAGCAGAAACACUCGAGGAGCGCUGUGUGUCACAUGGUUCGGUUUUUCUUCCUCUCUUGACUCAGUAAAUUGCAUGUCCGUGGUUGGGUGAACCUGUAGUCCUGUCUUUUUGGUCAAGUGGAAUAAAAAUUAUUUCUCAGUCUGCAUCCAUGGCAACUACAGUUGAUAUUUUCAUCCCAUGUCUCACCACCGCUAUUUCCACCACCACACGUUCAUUCAAACUAACAAAAAGAUGAUAUGGAAAUUGAUGCAUUCAAAAUUAUAUGUACUUGUAUAAAUGGUGCAACAGUAAUAAAAUGUAAGAAAUU